CCCCUCCCCACUCGGAGCGGUUGGUGCCAGCUCCCCCGUAGUUCUGCUGCUCUCCUCUGCUCACGGUUUCACCCGGGCGCUGUUGCGCUGUGCGGCCCCGGUGUGUGAGCGCUUACGGCCCUGGUUGCGGGUGUAGCAGUGGUUGCCUCGUGCUCUGGGGGUCGACGCGCGCCGCACGGGGGGGAUUCUCGCCAUGUCGACAGAUGAAGUGAACGGUCUGUGCGAGCAGCUGGUGAGGGCGGUGACGGUCAUGAUGGACCCGAGCUCCACCCAGCGUUAUCGCCUCGAAGCCCUCAAGUUCUGUGAAGAGUUUAAAGAAAAGUGUCCCAUCUGUGUCCCAUGUGGCCUGAAGUUGGCUGAGAAAACACAGACUCCUAUAGUUAGACACUUUGGCCUUCAGAUCCUGGAACAUGUUGUCAAGUUUCGGUGGAACAACAUGUCUCGCCUAGAGAAGGUGUUUCUAAAGAACAAUGUUAUGGGGCUGAUAUCAAGUGGGACUCAAAAUAUUUUGGAGGAAGAAAGCCACAUUAAAGAUGUUUUGUCUAGAAUUGUGGUGGAAAUGAUUAAGCGGGAAUGGCCACAGCAUUGGCCCGACAUGUUGAAAGAAUUGGACACCCUCUCUAAACAAGGGGAAACACAGACAGAACUAGUGAUGUUCAUCCUUCUGCGACUGGCAGAGGAUGUGGUGACUUUUCAAACACUACCCCCUCAAAGAAGAAGGGACAUCCAGCAAACACUAACCCAGAACAUGGAAAAGAUCUUCAGCUUUCUGCUUAAUACCCUUCAACAGAACGUGAACAAAUAUCGGCGAAUGAAAACAGGUACUUCACAGGAGCCAAAGGCCCAGGCUAACUGCAGGGUAGGGAUAGCAGCACUCAACACCCUGGCAGGCUACAUUGACUGGGUGGCCAUGAACCACAUUACAGCUGAAAACUGCAAACUGCUAGAGAUGCUGUGCUUGCUUCUGAACGAACCUGAACUUCAAGUAGGAGCUGCUGAAUGUCUCCUAAUUGCAGUCAGCAGGAAGGGUAGGUUGGAAGACCGGAAGCCUUUAAUGGUCUUGUUUGGAGAUGUUGCCAUGCAUUAUAUACUCUCCGCUGCUCAGACUGCUGAUGGUGGAGGCCUGGUAGAAAAACACUAUGUUUUCUUGAAGAGACUUUGUCAGGUCUUGUGCGCUUUAGGCAGCCAACUAUGUGCUUUACUGGGCACUGAUUGUGAUGUUGAAACACCAGCCAACCUUGGAAAGUACUUGGAGUCUUUUCUGGCUUUUACAACCCAUCCAAGCCAGUUUCUUCGAUCAUCAACUCAGAUCACUUGGGGAGCCCUUUUCCGGCAUGAAAUCUUAUCCCGAGACCCUCUGCUUUUAGGAAUGAUCCCCAAAUAUCUCCGUGCCUCUAUGACUAACUUGGUGAAGAUUGGCUUUCCCUCUAAAACAGAUAGCGCUAGCUGUGAAUAUUCUCAAUUUGACUUUGACAGUGACGAGGACUUCAAUGCCUUCUUCAACUCAUUCCGAGCUCAGCAGGGAGAGGUAAUAAGAAUGGCCUGUCGCCUGGAUCCCAAAACUGGUUUUCAGAUGGCUGGGGAGUGGUUGAAGUACCAGCUUUCAACACCUGUGGAUACUGGGCCAAUGAACUCUAGAACCGGAGAAGGCCUAUGUUCAAUCUUCUCUCCCUCUUUUGUACAAUGGGAUGCCAUGACCUUCUUUUCAGAAAGUGUGAUUAACCAGAUGUUUCGAACUUUAGAUAAAGAAGAAAUUCCAGUGAAUGAUGGCAUAGAACUGUUGCAGAUUGUACUGAACUUUAAUACCAAGGAUCCCCUCAUCUUGUCCUGUGUCCUCACCAAUGUUUCAGCACUCUUUCCAUUUGUCAGUUACAGACCAGAGUACCUGCCCCAGGUUCUUUCUAAGCUAUUUUCAUCUGUCACUUUUGAAAUCAUUGAGGAAAGUAAGGCUCCCAGGACUCGUGCUGUGAGGAACGUGAGAAGACAUGCAUGUUCUUCUAUCAUCAAAAUGUGUCGUGACUAUCCUCAACUUGUUCUGCCCAACUUUGACAUGCUUUAUAACCACGUAAAGCAGCUACUCUCCAAUGAGCUGCUCCUGACACAAAUGGAAAAGUGUGCCCUUAUGGAAGCCCUAGUCCUAAUCAGCAAUCAAUUCAAGGACUACAAGCGGCAGAAAGUUUUCCUGGAGGAGCUGAUGUCACCAGUUGCCAAUCUCUGGCUUUCUGAAGAGAUGCAAAGAGUGCUAUCAGAUGCUGAUGCUUUUAUUGCCUAUGUGGGUGCUGAUAACAAAAUCUGUGAACCAGGCUUGGAAGAUGCCAAUGGUCUAAAUCGUUCACGAAUAAGCUUUUGUGUGUACACUAUUCUGGGAGUUGUGAAAAGGGCUCGUUGGCCCACAGACCUGGAAGAGGCCAAGGCUGGAGGAUUUGUGGUUGGCUAUACUCCAAGUGGCAAUCCAAUCUUUCGUAACCCUUGCACUGAGCAGGUCCUGAAACUUCUCGACAACUUGCUCGCUCUUAUAAGAACCCACAAUACUUUGUACACACCAGAGGUACUGGCUAAACUGGGAGAUAAUUUCUCAAAGGCUUUGGAUAUGCUCGAAGUAGAAAAGAAUGCUAUCUUGGGACUUCCUCAGCCUCUCCUAGAACUCUAUGACUCUCCUGUCUACAAAACAGUCUUGGAACGAAUGCAGGGUUUCUUUUGCACUCUUUAUGAGAACUGUUUCCAUAUCCUAGGGAAAGCAGGUUCUUCUAUGCAGCAGGACUUCUACACUGUUGAAGACCUUGCCACCCAGCUUCUUAACUCUGCCUUUGUCAACUUGAAUAGCAUUCCUGACUACCGACUCCGACCCAUGCUUCGGGUUUUUGUGAAACCUCUGGUGCUAUUCUGCCCUCCAGAGCAUUAUGAAGCCCUUGUAUCUCCCAUCCUUGGACCCCUCUUCACCUAUCUGCAUAUGAGGCUUUCCCAGAAAUGGCAAGUCAUCAACCAGAGGAGUUUACUAUGCGGUGAAGAAGAGACUGCAGAUGAAAAUCCAGAGUCUCAAGAGAUGUUGGAAGAACAACUAGUGAGGCUGCUUACUCGUGAAGUCAUGGACCUGAUCACCGUUUGUUGUGUUUCAAAGAAAGGUGCUGAACACAAUACUACUACCAAUACCACCACCACCACCACCUCCAGUACCAACACCCCAGCUGAUGGAGAGGAUGAAGAGAUGGUUUGCACAGAGGUGGCCCCCUCAGCUAUGGCCGAGCUCACAGAUCUGGGCAAGUGCCUAAUGAAGCAUGAGGACGUGUGUACAGCACUGCUCAUCACAGCCUUCACUUCCCUAGCCUGGAAGGACACCUUGUCUUGCCAGAGGACCACCACCCAGCUCUGCUGGCCUCUGCUUAAACAAGUACUCUCGGGAACACUCCUGUCUGAUGCAGUAACAUGGUUUUUCACCAGUGUGUUAAAGGGUUUGCAGAUGCAUGGGCAACAUGAUGGCUGUAUGGCUGCACUUGUCCACUUGGCUUUCCAGAUAUAUGAGGCAUUGCGCCCCAGAUACCUGGAAGUGAGAGCUGUGAUGGAACAGAUCCCAGAAAUACAGAAGGAAUCUCUGGACCAGUUUGACUGCAAGCUACUGAACCCAACACUGCAGAAAAUUACUGACAAGCGCAGAAAGGAUCACUUCAAACGCCUCAUUGCUGGCUGUAUUGGGAAACCUCUGGGAGAACAGUUUCGUAAGGAGGUUCACAUUAAGAAUCUUCCAUCGCUCUUCAAAAAACCAAAGCCGUUGCUGGAAUGUGAUGUGCUGGAAAAUGAGGAUGGAUGCUUGAGCACCAUCUUUGAACCCUGAUGUGGCCAUCUGAACAAUUUUCCCGGGGCCUUCAUUGUCAUCUCUUCUCCUUCCCCCCCAUAGCUA